AUGGCCUUUAAAAAGUUGGUGCAGAGAUUAAGACAAAGAAAUAUCAUCAAUUUCGGUGAUAGUGAGCAGCCGAAUGUGGCUCGGAACCCAUUGUCGAACCAUGCAGGGACAUGGGUUAAUGUUGUUAUUGAAGAAAGAGUGAACAGAGUCAUAACCAAAGUCAAUGAAGUGAAAUCACCCAUGCAUUGGGUAUGGGGGCAAAUGGUCAAAAUAGAUUGGUUGACCUUUAAUGUUAACGGGAAUAAGCAUGCUUGCCCCUACCACCGUUGUGAGGAUCAUGUCAUUCAAAACUGUGAUGAGUUUAAGGCUUUGGUUCAAAGGCUGAUGGAUAGUAAAGACAUGGAAUUUUACCAUGAAGCUAUGGAGGAGGAAGAGGUAGAGAUUUGUGCUUCCGAGGGUACAUCCAAAGGAGUCUACAAUUCCAACUGCCCUCUGGUUAUCAUGCCGAAAGCCCGUACAGUAGAGAAUAUAACCCCAAAAGUGAUGAUCAUACCCCCGUCGUCCUUUCUCUAUAAGGAUAGCAAACAGAUCCCCUGGAGGUACGAGUGCCAUCUAGGUGAUGUUGGUGUUUCAAAGGGUGCCAAUGAAGAGGUGGAUGAGCUGAAAGAUGAUGAGCCAACAAUUAAUGAGCCUGUAACCGAGAACGAAGCUGUGGAGUUUUUAAAAUUUUUGAAGCAUAGCGAGUACAGCAUCGUCGAGCAACUACACAAGUUGCCAGCUCGCAUCUCAAUCCUGGCUCUACUAUUAAGCUCUGAGGCACAUCGAAAUGCCUUGAUGAAAGUCUUAAAUCAGACCUUUGUGCCAAAAGAUGUGCCAGUAGAAAAGAUAGACCGGUUGGUUGCAAAUAUUCAAGCAGAAAAUUUCAUCUCGUUCUCUGAUGAUGAAAUCCCGUCUGGAAUGAUGGGCAAUCCUAAAGCCCUGCACAUUACCAUCAGGUGCAAGGGACAAGUGUUAUCGCGAGUACUAAUCGACAAUGGCUCUGCCCUGAAUGUGAUGCCAUUAGUAACAUUGAAAAAACUACCGGUUGAUAGUACAUACAUGAGAAAUUGCCAAAGCAUCGUUCGAGCUUUUGACGGAAUAAAGAAGGAGGUGCUGGGGAAGAUCGAUAUUCCUUUAACCAUUGGCCCAUCAACCUAUGAGGUCGAAUUCCUUGCAGGAGUGGUGCCAUCCACUUUGCAUCAGAAACUCAAAUUUGUAAUUGAAGGGAGACUGGUAUGCCUUAAUGCUGAGAAAGAUAUCAUUGCUUCCAUAUCUACUACCGCUCCAUAUGUCGAAAUAGAUGAAGAUGCGGUCGAGUGCUCUUUCAGAGCCUUGGAAUUCAUUAAUGCCACCUUUGUUGCUGAAAGAAAGAAAAUUCCGAAGCCUAGGCUAUCCAAUUGUACUAAAAUGGAACUGAAAAUGACUAUGGGAAGAGGAGCCAAGGUUGGAAGAGGAUUGGGAAGCCGCCUACAUGGAAAUAUUAAUCCAGUUUUUCAUGUUAUUAAGCGAGACCGUUUUGGUCUGGGAUAUCACCCGCCCUUAAAAGAAAAGUUGAAAAAUGUUCAAAAGAGCAAGGAAAGGAGGAAAGCCAGGGCCUCCGAUAUCAAUAGUAUGAAUGCUGAUGAGUCUGAUCUGAAGAUAGAUUUUGAGUUUCCCAUAUGUCAAGGGGAAAUUGAAGGAUCAGAGGAGGAUAAAAAGGAGAUAAAGAUUGGCACCAUCAUAUCUGCUGAGGGAUGA